CAUAUAUGCUAAAUAACAUCUUUUGUUACAGACGCGGAUUAACGCCUCCACAUCGGGUGAAGUCGAUCUCAAUGGCGACUUUUACCGCAGAAGAGGUGGAACUACUACGUAGUCGCGGUAACGAGUACUGCCGGCGGGUGUGGUUGGGGUUGUACGGCAGUGGGGGCGCGGAUACUGCUCCCGUGCUCAACUCGAACGACGAACAUACCAUUAGGGAUUUUAUGAUCGAAAAGUACGAGAGGCGGAGGUAUUACCUGGAGCCCAGCAAGGCGAUAUCGCCCUCAGCAACCACAGACUCAAAAUCCGCAUCACCAUCACCCCCAAAUCCCCUGAUAGAAGACCCAUCGGCACCUCCACACAAGCCUAUACAACACAGACCUGCCUUCAGGCGUCACACGCCGUGGGUCAGGUCGGACCCGAACAAAAAAACUGUUAAUAAUAACAAUUUGAACAAUGGCCAUUUGGAAAACGGGUUUGUGGCGGAUUUUAGCAAGACAGAUUUGUUUGGGGGUAUUGCCGAGAAUAAUCAGAGGGUGAACGGAUUUGUCGCUGACUUUGAUAAUAAUCCUGUGUUUAAUGGUACCAAUAAUACGCCAGGUGGCGUAUCAGCAGCGAGUAGCAACAGCAGCAUAAACUCAACGCCGCUGUCCUCUGUAGGCUCCACUCCUAUCUCCUCGAUAGGCUCCGCCCCGAUGUCGGUUAGCUCCACCCCCAUAGUGCCGAUAGCCAAUCCGAUCGCUUCCUCAGCGGCGGCCGGUUCGCCGUGGACGGCAACGCUGCAGAACGGCUUUGCGCCGCCUGCGCCCGCUAUCGAAGAUAAAUACGCAGCGUUGAAGGAUCUGGACAACGAGAUUCGGUCUCAGAAGGGCGGAGUGUUUGAAUGGAGCGUGGGGACAACGAAUGCAGGGGCGGCGUUCGGGACAGAGAGUCAGUGCCAGCAGGGAACGGCGUUAUUUGGAACCAGUCCCGUGCAAGUAGGUGGCCAACCGUUCGCGGCGACCUUCCCGGAAGCGACAGCAGCCCCUACGGCAGCGAACCCGUUCGGUGGCGCCCCCUGGCCACCGAAUCCUUUCAAAAUGAACGGCGUUACGGCGCAGGCGCCGUCGCUGUUCCCCCAAAUGGUCAAUGGCUUUGGAGCGCCCGCGCCAUCUGUUGGAGGAGUGGGAGGUGGAGCUUGGCCGCCACCAGCUAAUCCAUUCAAGGUUGGCUGCGUCAGAGCAAACUCGAAUAACCCCUUCUUAUGAGGUUGUCUUCAGAUGGUACUACAUCUAAUCCGACCCAUAUAUUCCCGAAUAGUAUUUUUAACAUUCUUAAUCUCAGCCUGUCAAAUAUAUCUUACUAUCCCCGUUUAACUUUUAUGUGUAGAUUUUAACCAGUUACUAUUUAUCAACAAGCUAUCAUUGAAAACCCUUCAUAGUUUGAAUAGAUUUUAGGAUUGGAAUCAGCGAACAAAAAUCACUUGCUUUUAAUCGUUACAUAUUAUAUUAAAAAAUACUUUGAUAAACACGAAAAUGUUGAGCAUCAGUCGAAAAUAUAUAUGUUUUUAGAAUUAGAUCAACAUGCGUUGAUGGAAAAGAUUAGAAAUGAGGGUUCCAGAAAGUUUGAGUAUUUUUUAGGUUACCAAAAUCUUUUUGAAGCAGGCUGAAUUAACCCCUAACUGGUGAGGUGACUUUAUUGUAACGUGACGUUGGGUUACAGAUACCCAGUCUUUACCAUGCACAACAGAGUUGGAAAAAAUGAAACAUUUCAUUGAAAAUCGAGAAAGUUGCUUAUAUUUAUACUUCUGAAAUAUUUUCAUUACAAAAAGAAAUAUAAUCGAAGAAAAUAUAGUAAAUGCACACAGAAAAUGACAAAUUAACAUUUACUUCUGUAAUCAAACAUUUUGAUAUUUUUUUUAUGAAUUUUACUAAAAAAAUACUACAAUGCAGUUUCCGCAAAUUUUCACCUUGCACGUGUUGCUGAUUUUCUUUGUCUUUCUUCUGUCAGAGCCAGGUGGGCACUUCCUGCAUCUUACUUGUUUGUCCAACUCCUGUCUGGUUUCUUGUGGAAGUGGUUUUUGCAAUAUUUUAGUGAUGCUGAGUCAUAGUUCUCGAGGCAAGCGUGUGUUUAGACAAGUUCUCUGGCAAGUAGUUUGAUGUACUAGAGCCUGGAUACCUUUGUGUUACCAGGACAUCAGGAAUACAUAAUGUAAGAAUUCACCAUGCUGACGUUAAUCAAUGUGUAGAAUAUCGCUAACGGCCAUCGUCUGGUGUGGCGACUUGUAGAAUAGAAUGUACACUUCUCAUCUAAUGCAUCGACCCCACCUUUCGUGCUGUUGUAAAAAGCAAUGAUUUCAGGCUUUUGGGUUUCCAAAUCGGUUGCUCGAGUAUGGUGCAUUGAAGAAACAAGAAGAACAGCCUUACCGUUAGUGUUAUGUCAUUGGUAAAGCCGUAAAGGAUAUCUCCUACUUCUCUUUGUUUCGCAGGUAGACACUCUUUUGGAAUGUCUCUUUUAUUUUUACGCAGAGUUCCUACGUAAGUCAAGCCUCGUUUUCUUAGUUCCUGAACAAGAUCUAUAGAGGAAAACCAAUUAUCCGCCGUAAUGUCCCGGUUAGAGCCGACAAUCGGUUCAGUUAGUUGCAGUACCGCCUGUUGGAAAGCUUCCGCUCGUCAACGGUAAGUGUCCUGCCAACACUGUCCUUUCCGGAAUACAUGUACGCAUUUAAUAAAUAGUGUGUUUUUGUGUCUGAUAGUGCCAUUAUUUUAACUCCAUAUUUUUUGGCUUAUUUGGAACAUACAUUUUUAAACGGCAUCGACCUCGAAAUCCAACUAGCAUCUCGUCAACACAAGCAUACUCUCCAAUUGAGUAGCAAUUACGGCAGUUUUCCAGAAAUUUUUUGAAUACCCAUGAUAUGGCAGCCGUUGCGUCAGAUUUUUUUCUCCUCUCUAUCUAAUGCAUCAUCAAAACGUAGGCUUAGUAGUAAAACAUAUACCCUUUUUAGUGACAUCGUACACCGGAAAAUAUCUCAGCCAGUCCCAUCAGUGGUAAGAUCUUCAUGAUUUGAUUUGAAGAUGGGCGUGAACAUAAGGAUUUGAACUCAAUCAAGUCAGUGUCUCUAUAGUCAGUACGACUAUUAUCAGACAAAGUUUCUCUAAUCAUCGCCAAUUUUUCAUUGGUGCGUCGUCUUAUUUCGUUUAAAAUUUCCUCACUAAACAGAAGUUCCCAUGGAGACUGGGGCCUACAAAAUGAACCAAAUACUUUUGCUGGACCAAUUCUUCCUGGAAGAUGGCUGAUAAUAUUGUGUCUUCUUGUACGAAUAUUUGAAGUGGGUACUUCUUUAGACCAUACGAAGCCAUUUUUGCCAUGAUAUUUGGAUUGCUUUCGUAGACGUCUUUGCUUUUUUGCAAGAGGCUCGUUAUCAGAAGAAUCUGAGCCACCAGUUUCGAUGGGUGGUGGUGAUACUACUGAUGAAGGGCGACUUGAAGGACCAGGAACAUAACUAACUUCGACCUCACUGUCAGAAGCUUCUUCUUCUGAUGGUUACUUUGAAAAGCUUGGUUUGUUAUGUCUCUUUCAUCGCCACGGCGUUUACUCUCAGCUCAUCUAACACAGCUGUGGCCGGCAGGCGGUAUACUGACUUGAAGGUACCUGCAACACAGCGUUGCCAGAUUCGUCGCAGGGGGGGGGGUCUCUUUUGUUUUCCACUCUUUCUUAUAAGCUUGCUGUCUAUGUUUGGCUUUCUUCAAAGAUUCCACUCCUUUUUUUUCUGUAUUCGAUAGUAUCCCUUCUUUUGUUGUGCUUCUCUCUUCCAGAGCAACUUGAUUCGGAAUCCAACAUAAUAUGUAAUAUAAUAUUAUUAUCGUUAUAGGAUUGAAACCGGUUAAAUAUCGAAAAUAACUGAAAACGGUCUUUUGAUUUUUAAGUUUCAAAAGUCAUACAAACGGGAGACGUCACAUUCAUGUCAUCUAAUGCAGAUGGGUAAAUAAAAAUAUGUGCGUCAUGUCAAUACAUAGAACGUGAGAACUGAUUGACGGCAUUUUUCCCCGUUGAUGUUUGCCGAGAUGGUCCGCGUAAUGCUAGGCAACCCAUUAUUCAGAGUGGGGUACGCGCGCUUGUCUACCAAGCGGCAACACUAACAGCUGCUUGCUGGUGUUAAUUGUUUGUUAGAUUGAUUCGACAUCUGUGAGUAAAAAAGCUCAUUCGCAAAAUUAUCGUACAUUCAGCUAUUAUCCUACACCUAGUAUCGUACAUCGUACAGUACUUGAAAUUAUCGUACAGAAACGAUAAAUAUCGUACGUCUGGCAACGGUGCUGCAACAGCAGCGCCCUCGGUGUCAGCAUAUGUUGCCAGUGGCGUACUAAAACUUUGCCUGGGUAUCUCACACCCAACCUCACUAGUUACGCGUUGAAUUCAAAUGUUUGAGACAAAAUUAAAGUUUGAUACUAAUAUUUUUAUUUUGUGCCCAUAGUUAUGCAAUUUCAAAAAACAAUUACAUUUUGAAUUCACCUUUCUUACAAAUUUUUCAUUAUAGUUCGUGACAUUUGAUCCUAAUAUAGCGUUUGUUUGUUUGUAGUAUUAUUUUUAUAACAUACUUUUAGGUAUUGCGUAUAGUUUCGCCAUUUUUUGUAGGCUAAUACAGUAAUAUUACAUAUUACAAUGUGAUCAACAAAUUAUACCUAUACUCGCGAAGAAAUGUGAUGGUAGAAGGUUUUUAAAUGAUUGCUUGUUGCUUGCAAAAUAUUGUGAGAUCGCAGGCAAUUAAAAUCCUUUUCUAGGCGUAUUAAAUCGUUGUUAAGUCAUCCAGGUAUCCUGGGAUCUGAGGGAAAAUAUUGUUUCUGAUUUUUUGCAUAAUCCAUAUUAAAUUUACGUUUUUUUUUAUUAUUUUUCGUGGUCGAAAAUGGUAUGCUUAGCGCAUUUUCAAAUAUAAAAUCGCUUAUACUUCGAAAAUAAUUUACUUUAGAGAAAAGUUUUAAAGCAACUUUUUUGCCCAGAAUUUAAAAACGGGAACGAAAACACCAAUUUUUGCAGUUUGUUUCAAACUUACUUCAAAGAUUCUUGGACGCAAAUUUAGGCCUGGCAACACACAGAUCCGUUAAAAGGCUUCAUGAAUAAAAUUAUAACUAAAACUCGACUCAGAAUAUUUGCUGAGGUUCUUAAAUACGAGGGCGAGGUGGAAAGUUCUCGGCCUGUCAUUGAAAGACCGCGAUUCUCAGUUAAAACAUAUUUUUUCACAUUAUCCCCUUAAACUCCAACACAGUUAGUUAAUUAGUUCCAAUGUUUCUUCAGCAUUAAGAUUUCUUUUCUAAAAUGGAAAUCUGGAAGGUUGCCAAAAUACUGAUCCAAAAUUAGUCUACCGUCUACAGCCCCAGCUGCCAACCAACUUUCAGUUACUAAGUUGAGGUACUGUUGCGCGUUGUAGAACUGUAGAUUUCACUGUAACUUGAAACUGAUGAUAGAUGACAGUUGCCUGGAUCAUCUUAACCAAGACAUGUGUGGACCACGAACUUCUUUCCAAAAUACUGCAUUGUCGGCCACAAAAUAUAUCUACUGAAGAAGGUACAGUCCCCCGUGCUAUCGACAGGGCAACACGGUUGACUUAUGUGAGUGUCAUGGCGCUAUUUUUUUCUGGAUGCAACAUGGUUGCCAGGUUGUGCACGAACGCCACACGCGGCAUUGCCAGCUCUUUGCAUAAAUCUGAGGCUGUUGUGUAAUUUUAUAGUGCGCAUUUCUAAUAAUUGUAUAUGGAAGAUUUUAUAACGCCAUGUGUUUUAGCAUAUCUUGGCUAUUUGACAAACAAGUACUCACUUAUUCGUUAAAGCAUCAGUGUCAAUAACACAGGCCAUUAUGAAAUCAUCCAUAUAUCCUACAGUUAGUCGAAAUUUUGAGAACAGUAAAAAAAUUAUACCUACUUAAUAAUAUAUUUUAUUUAAAUUUUAUAUUGUAUGAACAUAUCAAUAAUAUUUAUGGUCGAUAUAUUUUCAUUUCUGGUGAUGGUCUUCUGUAGCACCUGCAUGUGGAAUCUCUAUAAACAGGGCAUUUCCUAAUUAUGGAACGAAACUUCAGAGAGGGAUUCCUUAGGUUGUUUUAAGAAAAUAAUUUCCUCCGAACAUAUAUCUGGAGUUUGUUCGUUUCUGAGAUACAUGGUGUUGCGGUUAAGAGAAAAAAAAAACGAUAUUUAUAAAAUAUAAGUACCCCAAUAUGCUUGAAAUUUGGUGCAAUAAUUUGAAGAAAUACGCUGCUUAUUUAGAUUGGAGUUAUUAGGUCCAAUGGCGUCUCAGUGGGCAGCACAGCGAAAAUACCACGCCAAUUACUUUUUUGUAGUUUUUAUAUCUACUUAGAUAAUGCUACUAAAAAUAAAACUUUUUGUUCUCUUGCAUUUUCUUCAUAUCUAGCUUUGUUUUCGAGAAAGAAAAUAUAAAAAUCGCUUUAACUCAUUCUAAAAGUUAUCCAUGGAUAACAUAACAUAAAAACAGAAAAUAAAAAACUAUUUCGACCUUAUUACUUCAAAUAGUUGCACCAAAUAUCAAUCAAAUCGGUUUGAGGGUACUUAUGGUAUUUUAUAAAUACGGUUUUUUAACUUUCAAAAACGAAUGACCCUCUGAACUUUCGUACCUCACUUAGAAAACACAUUGUAUAAUUUCUUGUCAAUCUUCGUCUAAUUUAACUGCACUAAAAGUUUGUCUGCGAUCUUGCUUUUAACCACAACAAUAUUGUUUUUAGCAGCGUACGUAAUUUAUUAAUUUAUAUAGAUCAGUGUAUUUAUUCGUUUUGGUUUGCACCUGACAUUAUGCCAAAAAUGCUUUCAUGUUAUGUAUAACUUAGACGAUAGUUAUUAGGGCUUAGGUAUAUACAUUUAGUUUUUUAUACGCUUACGCGGAACUAAGUAACAACACGAAUUUUCUGCCUUGAAUCUGACCUAGAAGCGGUGAUGUAGUUUUUGUAGAUUAUGGUUUUGUUGCGCUAAAAAACUAACGAUAUUCCGAAAUUGGUUGACAAAAAACGAAAAAACAUAAACUUGCCGGUUAAAAGCCGUCCAAAAAUAUCAACCAUACUUUUUUUGAUGAGGGAAAAACAAUUUGACUCGUAGGAGAGUCAGUUUCGAGUGUGUGCCUUGCCGAUCAUUUUACUUUUCAAUGUCUGCUAGGCCUAUGAAAGUUGCGUGCUCACCAAAGAAUUGAAAUGAACAGAUUGUUUUCAAAUCCUUAGUGAGUUGUGCACUGUGAUUCCUUCAUACACAAAAAAUUACGAGUGAUUAAACUUUUCGGCUGUAUGUUUUUUAGGAAAAUUGAACGAUCUUUAGUUUUUUGUUGUGCAGCAUUUGAUUUUUUUCAUUUAGCGAAGUGGCCUUGGAGACUGUUUUCUUUAUAUUGUAUUGUAUCGAUUUUACUGUUUUUCAUUUUGCACAUGUUUUGAAGGCAUUGAUUGUUAUGAAAUUGAAAUUUGCAACGGGUGCAGUUUAUUUGAGAGUAGUGUUUUUGUAAGAGGGCUCAAAAACAAAACAAAUAAUUGAAAUAACUGGCAAGUGCGGAAUAUGUAAUCGUACUUCCACUCGAAGCCUCCUUAUUUUUAGUACGCAGCAUUCUCCGAAAUAGUAUUGACACUUAACGGUGACAGGAGAGUUGUCAAACAUCUUUUAAUCUGUGCGAAUCAAAUCCACAUACAGUGGGUCAAACAAGUAUUGGCACACCCUAUUUUGUCUUGAAUUUCAUUAACGAAAAGCUAAAUUUAUUGAUAUUAAGUGCAUUUGACAACUAAGAGGUUUGAAGGCAACAGAUUGAGAAAAUUAAAAAUAAUAUACCUAAGAAUAAUAAUCAUAGGAUUUAUUUAUGAAUUUCAUUUUACAUUGAUCUUACUUUAGUCUUCAAGAUGUCCGCUCUGAGAGCCAUCUACCGGUCGUCUAUUAAACGUGAACUAUGAUCUCUAACAAUUCCAACUAAUAGCAGCUAUGUGCUUUCCGUAGUGGUCGAUUCUGGUGUGAUAGAUGGCGCUUUGCGCUGUCUUAUUUCGAUAGACCGUAUCUCCGGUAUAGAGGAUAGUUGCGAUGCUUCUGUUCGUUUGUCCUGAGACAUCAUGUUCAGUUUGAACUUGAACUGUAGUGCUGAAAAAAUCCAUUUACCUUCCAACCGGAUCUUAUGCACACCAUCUAGGGAUGGCAAAAUUUUUCAAUAUACCGGUAUUUGGUAUUAAAUGAUAUACCGUUAGGGAAAACCGGUUAUUCGGUAUAUUGGAAAAAUUACUGGUAUAUACAUAAACAUAACAUAUCUAUGGUGCGUGGGUAAACAAAUAUAAGUCAAAAAAGCACAAGCUGAGAAAAUCGCUAUUUUUGUUUUACAGUCAGUAAUUUUUACCUUGUUUUGCUUAUUGCUUUGAUAAUGUAAACAAAAUAUUUUGUCUGCGUCUUUAUUUAAUAACAAUAUCUCUGACUAUUACAAGUUCUGCUUCAAAAAAUGCAAUAUACCUAAAAAUAUAAACGGCUUGGCGGUUCAUAUAAACUGUGAUUUAGGAAGAUUAAUUUUUCCAGGCUCUCUCGUAUAUCUGAACCAGCGAGCAUCAUGCCACUUAAACGGAUUGCCCAUUGAAUCCUUUUUUCUGAGGACAAGAGAAUUUCUAUAAAGGUCAGAGAAGCUUAAAAACAUGUCAUGAGUUAAUUCUUUAACCAGAAAUUUACGUCGUCUCCCGACAGUCCUUACAAGCUGGUACCAGUCAUGAGGAUGAUUAAUUUUAAGCUCAAAUUUUUUUUUUGUUUCUCUAUGAGGGUAUGGUCAACAUCACAUUCCAUAUGACUGUGACCCCUAAUCAUAAAUUUGUGAUCAAUGGUUUCUAAGCAUGCAUUUAGUUGCAUGACAGUUAAAAACAUUGCAGCUACAUGUGAGUUCUUGUUUUGCCCACCACAUGUGUCUGAAUACAGAAUAACCCUGUUUAUAUUGGGAGGUAGGUUUAUCAAUUCUAAAAACAAACAAGUUCCGAUUUGAUUACCACCGCGGCCACCUUCCGCUUCAUGCCACAUGAAGCAAGUUACCUCACCAUUCCCGAGAUCAUGCAUGGUUAAGUUGUAAGUCCACAAUUGCCUUUUGUAGAAUGAUACAGAUGAUGUCAAAAAAGGAGUUUGAAGGCACUGCUGGAGAUCAAACGUGUAGCAUUUUGUACUUGUGUUUUGCUUAGCGAAUUUUUUAUCCUCAUCCUUUUUUAGAUAUGCAUCAUCUGCUUCUGCGUGGUCGAGGUCAAUUUCUUUUUUUAUGCUUUCUUUUUCUGACUCCUGAGCAAUAUCAAGCUUCAUUUGCAGCACGUCACAUUUAUGGCACGUAUCAACUUUAGGCUUCUUAAAUGAUAACGUCAGCUUAUGGAACUGAGCCUCAUAAAUACGUCGAGAAACUACUACUUUGCGAUUUUCCAAGUACAACUCGUACAUCUUUUUCAGUGUCAAAUGAGGAGCCAGAUAUCUUUUGUCAUUUACCCUCCGAGUGUAGUGGGAUUCAUAUGAAGGAAAUGAAUUUAUGAGCUGAAUCACUUGAUCUAAUACCUCUGCAUCAAAUUUGUUGGCAGGUUCAUGGCAACCGCGUUUAUCGUUACGAACUAUCCCAGAAACUGACUUACUAGAAUUUCGUAACGCCAGUGUAACAAACAUUUGUGUUUCACCUAAGGUUUUCAUGAAACAUCUCCGACAGACUUUAGUCUUCUGACCAUUAAUUUUAAAGUAAAAGGUGUGGCUUAUUUCCCUGUUUCUGGAUUUUUCUGGAUUAUCUGUCCUCUGUCUUUUUACUGCAGUUUUCGUGGUCUCCGAGUGGUUUGCAAUAUAAGUAACUCGUUUGUCUCUGUUUCCAAGAGCCCAGUACUCUUGAAAUAUAAUUGAUCUUGUAGUCUCUGUUAUUUUAUCUCGACAUUUUAAUCGACACAUUGGUAAAGGUAUCAUCUUACGUUGUUUUACUUCUUUCCCUUUUGCUGUAAUGUAUUUUCUCCCUGUAUUUCGACAUUCUUUCCGCUCAUUCCGUUUUUUCCGGGAAUUAGGUCCGUCUUUCAACCUCAUUUUUGUAUUUACUGCAGCAGCAUCUGUGUUUUCAAGGAUAUCUUAUUUAUUUGCCCACAACCUUUUUUUGACCAAAGCUAAUGAAACUUCAUCAUCGCUACUACAAACAUUUGAUGACAACUCAUCUUCCGGAUCAUAGUUUUUAUCCUUCACACUGUCAUCAUCGUCUAAAUCCUAAAUGUAGAACUGCGUCCUCCAGUUGCGUUUUUCCAACUCCGGUCUCAUUUGAUGAAACUGUCUGAUUCACAGUCUCCACGAGCAUUUCAUCUGGAAAUACAUAGUGAAAAAACAGAUGAAGUAAUCUAAAGAAUUCUAAAUAUCGAAAACAUUCAAAAAUGAGAUUUGGGUCGUUAAAAAAAACUUGAGUCAUCUAAGAAAUGUUCCGAAUACAUUCUUAAAUUUUCUGGAACAUGAAAAACAAACAAAAAUCAUUUUGGGAAUGAUCUAGUAUUUUUGUAUUGUUUUUAAAAAACUACCGACUACGACUCCAUAGCACAUAGUUACCAAGAUCGAACGCAAAGAAAAAUGCCAACAGACAAAUUGACUGACAGACAAACAGACUGGCAAACAACCCGUCCGAAAGAUAUGGUUUCACAUGAUAUACAGGUCAUACAACUUCGCCUGCGCGUGCGAAGUACAAAUUAACGUAUUAUCAAAAAACGUACCUCUAUUGUCUAUUCUGACAUCCUCUAAAUCGUCUGCAGCAAACACAGCAUCAGCAAAUAUGUCAUUUAUGGAAGCUGUUCUUUCCACGGGUUCGAAGACUUCAAGUGGCGACAGCCCUACCAAUGUUUAAUGUUUAACAACUUUAUUGCCAAUUUAUAAAAUAAUAACUUUUGGUUCUCUCUGAUGCCAUGGUAUUGGUUAUCACAGAGACUUGAAUAAAAUGCAACACGUUGGUGACAUAACCUCAAAAUUCAACACGUGGUGAACGACGCGCAACAAUAUUAUCGAUGUAAGCGUGUAAAACAGUAUAAGUCUACUUGUACUGUUUCGCUCACGAUAUUUCAAGCCUUCUUUGGUGGUGCCACCUAUUACAAGUAUACUUAUGCUGAUGUUCCCACCAGAAAUAGAAGUUUUUGAGAAUUAUACUAUAUAGUGCAUGUUUAAUAACAGCAUUAAUAUGAAGUAUUUACUUAUACCAUUUAGACCAGCCUAUAGACACCGUUUUAUUACGUAUACUGACGACUUGAACUCAUUUUCGCAAAAUCUUGACUUAUACUAUUUUACCCUCGCACCAUAGAUAUAUUAUAACAAAACCUGUGGUGUAGCAUUCAAAAAGGAUAUACUAAAAUAUAAAAUAUAUGAAGUGGCUUUACAAAAAAGCAAAUAUAAAAGAUAUCACUUCCAGCAAAAAAAAAGACUAAAAUAAACAAUAAACGCAAGUCAAUAAAACUAUAGCCUUGAUCCUAAAACCUAAAACUCAUCAGAUACCGAAUUGAGGAACAACAGCUUUGAUAAUCUUUUUCCAGUUAACCUAUUUCUUUCUUUUGUCGCAGUUGCGCUUGCCUUCGAAAAUAGUCGUUCGCAUGGUACUGAUGUCGCCACAAUGGAAAGAUACUUUUGAGCCUCAACGUAUAGUUUGGAAUAUAUUGCUCUCGUAUCUUUCCAUAUUUUAAGGGGGUCUUCCCGUAAAUCGCUUACCGGGAUUUUUAGAUAGUGGGCUAGUUCGCCCCCUUGUGACGAAUCUGUCGUGCUGCGUUUUGCUGCAGCAAUCGCUUUAUGGUGUUCCCAUAGAUCAGAGGACUCGAUAUCACUCUCUUCAUUUGUAGCUUUAACUACCUGUUCCACAUUACAUUCAAUUUAAUUUUUUAAAUGAUUUAUUGUGCAGGCUAGAGCAUUUGGAUCUUUGAAAUGCAGCUGCUUGAAUCUGGGAUCCAGAAGGGUAGCUGUUGCUAAUAAGAAUGAUUUUUCGAUUUGUCCAAACCGUUUUUGAAAUUCAUUAAUAAUAUUUGUUUUUAAAAUUUUGGUUACAUUGUAUGAAGGUUUUGAUUGUUUAUAUUUUACUUUUUUUUUGUUUAGAGAGAAGGAAAUGUACCUACCGCACGCAACGGCGCAUUGCCGGCUGGGCAACUCGACAAUGCAUCGCUACAGUGUGAGGCUCUCACUCACUAAAACCUCGUCUUUUUCCUAGACCGUGUUCCAUCUACGGUACUACCUUGCGGCUUUAUCCAUCAUAGAUUGUGCCGCCUUUAUUGUGGCUUCAGCUACAAUCGAUUCUGCUUAUUCCAUUUUAGCCAUCUAUGGAAGUUGUGAUAGUGUCCUAUUCUCCCCUUCCAUGUGUUUCUUUCUGUUUCUUUAUGUUAGUAAUGAAAGACUCAAUGAGAUUCCAGUUUUUAUCUGAUUUGAGCAAUAGUGGCACCAUGGUAUUUGCUGCUAUCGCUGAGUUAACAGUCUGCGCAAGAGUUCGUCUCUGCUGUGCCCAUUUUUCGCAUACGAAGAGCGUAUGGUUUGCGUCAUCCACAGAAGCAUCGCAGUAUCUACACCCUUCGUCUUCGUGCAGUCUAAAUCUUUUCAGGUAAGCGUUAAAGCAGCCGUGCCCCGAUAACGCUUGCGCCAAGUAAAAACCGACCUCUCCGUGGCUCCUCUCGACCCACUUGGUAAUUUUUGGUAUUAGUUUGUACGUCCACCUGCCGACAGAGUCCUCGCGCCAUCGCCUCUGCCAGUUCUCCAUCAGUAAGUAUCUUGCCGCAUUCCGAAUCGUCUCCUUGGAGUGUGCAUCUUCCCGGAUAGGUCGUGUUGCUUCCAACUCUUUUUUACGAUUGUAGACAUAUUCCCUUUCCUGUGCUAAAAGAUCUAUAGGGGGAACUCCCGCAAGGACUAAGACCGCACUUGUUGAUACUGUCCUGUACGCUAAUAUGAUCCUAAGUACCGCGCGAUUAUAUUUUACUAGUGAACAGCUUAGCAUCGGUAUUACUUUACUCAAAGUAAUUUACUUCUCCCCACAAGCUUCUGUUGUGAGUUGGAUGAACGGCUUCAACAAAACCACCACUUCCUUCAAAAUUUCUAUUUCUGUACUUGUCAGCAUUUCAGGUGCAUUUACAUUACCGAAUGUAAUAUUUACAAUAAAAGGUGCUAACUCUAUAAACCUUGUACACAUGUGAUAUGUUGAAUUCCACCUUGUCUUUACGUCCAGAAGAAGUUUUUUUAUAUUUCGCUCUAGGAUCCCUUGCUGUGUUUGUUGUCUUCUAAGUGCGUCACUAUUAAUACCACUUCUCUUGAACCACGUUACCACUGCCCUAACUUUAGUUAUUAUUUCAGAUAGGAUGUCUGUAUUUGAAAUAGAUUUUUUACAUACUAAGUUCCGAGUAUGUGCAAAACAAGGGAUAUGUUUGUUUUUUCCGAAUGUAUCAUAAAUAGCCUUAACAAUAUUUUGUCCGUUAUCAGUCACUACUGCUACAACAUUAUUAAUGUCAAUUUUCCAUUGCUCUAGCACUUCCUUUAUUUUCAAAGAAAUUUAGUCUGCUGUAUGCCCCAUUUUGAAUCCGAAAGAAAAUGAACAGUAACGCCCAAAAAACUUUUCAUCUGAAAAUUACUCCAAAUAUCAUUGGUAAUAGUGAUCUGAUUUACUGAUUCAAAUGUCGCUUUAUACAAGUCGGAGAUUACCUCAUAUUUUUGGUCUAUAAUAUUUUUAAAUGUAUUUCUUGUCGGGAGUUUGUAUAAUGGUACUACAUAUUUCAUUAGUUUACGGAAUCCAUGUCCAUCUACAAUAGAAAAUGCCAUAUUGACACUAAUUAUAAAGUUGGCUACAGCUUCACUUACUUAUCACCACCUGAUGAGUAUGCUCCCACUGUUUUCAUGCUCUCGAUGAUUGUUGGCUGUCUAGACUCUGUAGGAGGCAGUAAUGGUGAAUUCAAUUCAAUGUGUGCUUCAUCAUCUGUGGGCACUGCAACAGAACUGCUUGUGCUCUGCAAGAUAUAAUAUAUUAUUAUUACUAUUAUAUCAAUUGCUUUUUCUGUAGUCAUUUGUGUAUUAAGAGCGCACAGUGGUAAUUUCAACUUUGCCGUUAGAUACACAUUUUAUUAAAGAAAAAUAUGGAAUGAUAUUUAUUUGUCCAGACUCUCUUGUAUAUUUCUUUCCCCCGUAUAUGAAAUUCAAAAAACCGCUGAGACGUGCUGAGCAUGCGCACAAAUAACAUUUCAUAGGAAGACGGAAAUGGACAGAAUGACGGCAACCAUGUUGCGCGGUUGCGCCAUAUUGCACGGAUUCAGAAAUAAGUGACAGCCCUGUACAGAAAGUUCAGUCCCUUAUAUACCCCCUUGACGACGAUGUAUCAAUGUCGCUCUUGUUUCGGACAUCCAUUUCUAUAGUGCGAAUAACAUUUUUAUGUUUGUGUUUCAAAUAGGGAUGCGCAUCGUAAGAAAAACAUCGAUGUCAAACAUCGACAGAGAACAUCGAUGUCACAAAAAAAUCGGAAUGAAAACAUCGAUGUUUUCUUAAAAUAUCGAUGUUUUAGCAUAUUAUAUUAACAUAGUUGUUUCCACAGUAAAUUGCAUUGAUAUAUUCACUGAAUACAGGAACCUAACGCUUACGAAAUAUUAAAAAGUCUCAUAUUUAAUAUGUAUAUUACGUAAAAAAGUUUGAUUUAAAGUAUCAUUUAAAAUUUUAAAAUAUUCUUGUUUUAAAUACGAAAUAACACCAAAUAGAUACAUUCACUGAAUACACUAAUACAGGAAUCAAACACUUACGGAAUAUUAAAAAUUCUCAUAUUUAACAUAUUACGUAGAAUAAAAAGUGUUAUUUUAAAAUAUCAUUUAUAAUGUUCUUGUUUUAAACUUUAAACACAAAAUAACAGCAAAUGAACUAAAAGUAUUAAACAUUUUCAAAACAUAAACACAGUUAAUAAUAAGAGUAGCUUGAAAUUUGAAAACAUUUCAAAAUAUUAAGCUAACAGUUUUCCUAUACUAUAAAAUUAACCCAAACUUUGACGAAGAAGUAAUUUAGACAGUUGUUCUCCUUGUAACCGAUUUCGCUGCUGAGUCAACGUUUGUCCUUCUUUAGAAAAUAUUCGUUCUGAUGGUACUGAUGUAGCUACAAGAGCUAAAAAUUUUCUUGCCAGCUUUGACAGGACUGGGUAUAUCGAUGCUAGAUGUUCCCAUAUUUCUAAGGGAUUUUUCGAAAAUUCGAAUAUGGGUAUUUUUACAUAUAGAGAAACUUCAUCUUGAAGAGUAUCAUGAGUGUUUAUGGUGUCUUGUGAUUUUUGCAACAUAGUAUGAUGCAAGGACCAGAUCGAAAAUAUUUCUUUAUUACUUGAAGUACUAGGCUCUGGCUCAGUCACUACAGGAGAUUUUUCUUUUGUAUUUAAUCCUUUUUCCACCAAUGUUUUAAUAUGUUGUAUUGCCUUCGCACAAGCCAGAUGAUCUUUAAAAUGUAUCUUUUUGAAUCUUUGAUCCAAUAAAGUGCUAAUUGCCAGGACAUAUACAUUUUCGAUUUUUCCAAAUCGCUUCUGGCAUUCAGUGAGGAUAUAAUUUUUUAACAAAGUAGGCACCGCAUCAUCCGUUUUUGUCGAUGAAAUUUUGUCGACUAAACAAUGAACCAUGGGAAUAACGGAGCUAGCUGUUACAUAUUUCUCCCCAGAAAUCUCCUUUGUCGCUACUUCCAAUGGCCUCAACAUGUUCAUUAUUUCUUUCAGUUGCACAAUUUCCAAACCACUGACCAUUGCCGGUGCAGUAGUAUGAUGAAUUAUUAUUUCAUUGAUUGUUGUGUGAAGUUCGGUGAAUCUCUCAAUCAUGUAAAAUUUUGAGUUCCACCUCGUGGGACAAUCUUGGAUUAACUUGGUUUCCAUUUCCGUGGCUUUCCUCAAUUCAUCGUUUGCCGCUACACUGUGCUUAAACCACGUAACGGUUUUUUUACCUUUUCCAGAGUAGGUACUAAUUCGGGAACUGCUUGGAUUGCCUUUUCGGCGACUAGAUUCAAUGUGUGCGGAAAGCACGGCAAAUGUUUGUUUUUCCCCAAAUGCUGUGUCGACUGCUGAAACCAUGUUUGCACCGUUAUCCGCUACAACAGCAGUAACUUUGUCUUUAUUAAUGCCCCAUGAAUGAAGGGUUUUCAAUAAUAUAUCCGCUAAAUAAGUUCCCGUAUGUCUUUCAUCUAAUUGUUCUACUCCUAAAGUGGCAUAUUUCAUUUUGUAGUUCUCUGAAAAGUGAACAGUUAUCCCUAAAAAACUCCUGGCUUGCAUAGUAUCCAUCCAAACAUCGUGUUUGUGUAUAGUGGACUGUAUUUUUAUUGAUUACAUUUAUGUUUUUGUUCAAUGUAUUGUAUGUACAUUUCAUGAGAAACUGUCGUAUUGAAAAAUUGUCUAUACCGAACAGAUUUUCUGGUUAUAGUCAAAAAAAAAAUGGUAGCUUCUUCCGGCCUCUCUCCUGGUCGCUCCGAGAGGAAGGCAUCCCAUUGGACCGUUCAAAAUUCAACGGUCUUCCGGUCGGCAGUGGUAGGCUGCGCGCUGGAUGGUGGCGCGCUCCUGCGGGAGAUGGUCGAAACCCAUUUUGCCAGUGGCGUAGCACAUACACAUCGAUGGUAAUGGUUAUACUCGUAUCAUCUAACUUGGAUAAUUUUUGUUUGUAAAAAUUUGACAAAUCUUCAAAUUUAUUAUCUAACAGGCGAUUAAUCGUUGAUCUAUGAGGAAUUUUGUAAAGCUUUCAAUAGGUCUUAAAAUCUCCAGUAUUUCCUUCAAAACCUGAACCUCGGCAGCAGAUACAGUAUCUAGAGCACCAGUAUUUUCUAAUAAUGGGGUUCAUGUCAGGCGAAUUGUCGAGAAUAUCUACUUUUUUUCAGCUAAAAAUUUUGUAAUUUUUUGUGCACGAUGGCAAGGCGCACCAUCAUGCAUAAAAAUUGGCUUUUCUCGUUUGUUGAACCAUUUUUUCACUUGAGGGAGCAGCUGGGUUUCCAAAACUUCCUGAUAUUUUUUGGCAUUAAUUGUACCAUCGACAACGUAUAAGGCCCCUUGUCCCUUAUAACUGAUAACUGACCAUACCAUUACCGAAGGAGGAUGUUUAAUGGUCGGCACAAUGCAUUCUGGCUUAUAUUUCUCAUUUGUCCUUCGCCGUACAAACUGCGAUUUGUCGACCAUUACUUGGAAAAUCGACUCGUCCGAAGAACAUACCUGAAAAACGACAUAGAAUUUAGAUUAAACAAUAUCUACAGUACAAGAACGACUUGAAUAUAGUUAUAUAGCAUUUAUUUACGUUCUUCCAGUUAUCAGUCGUGAAAUCCUUGUAUUUUCGUGCCCAUUGGUAUCGCUUUGAUAUCAUAGCAGGUGUAAGUCUUGGUUUGCGUGCUGGUCUACGUCCAAUAAGAAUCUCUUCUGCUAACCUCCGCUGCACUGUUCUUUGCGAAACUUCAAUGCCGGCUUCAAGAACUUUUUUUGUAAGAAUUUUUAUCGGCAGUUUUCGAUUUUCAACACAAAUAUUGCGGAUUUUUCGGUCACUUGUCUCUGCAGUGAUUCUCCGACGACCGCACGCACCUUUACGUUUGGCUCUCAGAUUUUCACCGAGGUCUAUUUUUCCUUUAAUUCGUUUUACAGAACUUUGAGAAACUCCAACAAUUCGCGCUAUUUGGUAUUGUGACAUGUUUCGUGCUUCCAGCAUGCCGGAAAUUCGACCAACUUUUAUUGGCGACAAGUCAGACAGUUUUCCCAUUCUGAAAUUGUUUUUUUAUCAUAAUAUGGCCUCAAAACGUGUAAAUAUAUACUUUGACAUGUUGUUUUGUCAACAAUAAACUCACCUGAUGAAAUGGAAAAGAGUUGACGCUAUUGACACACUUUAAAUUGUUGAAUUGCACUGUGAAACUGAAACUCUGUUUUUUAGGUUAUAUGUCUUUUUCGUGACAAUCGAUGUGAACAAUCGAUUACCAACAUGAUCAGUGUUGCCAAAACGAUAAAAGUGCCCGCGAUAUUCAAAAACUCAAGUUCUACCAACAUAUCUGCAAAAAGUUCAUAAUAACAACAAGAAAUAUAAAGUAAAAGUAGAUUUGCAGCAUGAGUCUAAUAAUAUGGCAAGGGACUGUACUAGAUUCUUGAGCAUCAUUGAUUGAUGUAGCGGCACCUCAAAUCAUUUGAGGUGUUUCCACCUGCAUUCUUCAGUAUAUUCGAGCACAGUUUACAUCGCGCAGCGUUUUCGGACUCCUUUAUGAAGUAUUUCGAUACGACACGUUUUGGCGGUACCAUUUUAACCCGAAACAAUCAAAAACCAAAGACACAAAAAGCUAAACAAGGAUGAACAAAAACUACAAACGCAAAGGCUAGAAAUGGCCGUCUCGUACAGUGUUGCCGUUCAUUAUCAUAGCUUGGAAGGUGUGGGAAUCCCAAAUCGGCCAAAUCCACAUAUGUAAAACUAGAUUGCUGAUCAGCUAUACACAAGUCGCGGUAAUAACUAAUCCUAGUAUGCAGUACUUUUUUUUGCAGAUCACGCAAUGUUCUUAGUUUAUGAUUACGCCAAAGCUAAUACCUUUUUAUUUUACCAGUUCUCUAUAUCACAUGAUAGACACAAAUCGCACACGUCAGAACGCUAAAAAUGAUAUUUCGGUAUUUUAUCGAAAUACCGGUAUAUAAAUUGAUAUACCGAGCACUAAAAACCGGUUGCAAAAUAUCGGUAUAUUUUUCACAAAUACGGGUAUGUUCGGUAUACCGGUAUACCGUUGCCAUCCCUAACACCAUCACCAAAAUAAAGGAAUGGUUACUUUACAAUGUUCCUACACAACUCGAAACUCCAUCGCAAUCCGCGGAUAUCAAUCCCAUUGAACGUUUGUGGUACUUGAUAGACCUGAAAAAGUAAAAUUUGUGCCAAGCGACAGCUACAAUAUAUUUUAUGCAGGAAUUGGACUAAAUUGGAUCAGCAAUAACUCGGAAUUUCCAGGAUGGCUUCAGGCCAUAAUUGAUGCAGUUGGUAUGAUGACAAAGCACUAACUCUACAUAACACUUGUGUGCCAAUAUUUCUUUGAUCCUUGAAUUUCACUAUUUCUGUUAUUAUUCUUAUAUAAUUUUUGAUUUGCUCCAUCUACUGCCAUCAAAAAUGACUGUUUGGAUGUUUGUGUUUGAGUAUGAAAAAAUCCAUCUGUCCAUUAUUGAGAUUCAAGAAAAAAAUUAGAUGUGCCAAUACUUUCGUAACCCACUGUAUGUGGUUUUAAUUCGGCUAGUCAGUGGAGUCCUAUGAAGAUGAAAACCACAGGAUAAGUUUCAGGAGGUAAUUAAGACAUCCGUGAAAUAGAGAGGAUAUAAGUGAAGGAAGGCGUAUGCUUUGGUGCCAAGUAAAACAUAUUGUUUCAGUGUUUUGAACGCGUUUAUUGAUCAAACUUACUCCACUUAUUGGUUUGAAGAAAAUUAAUCUGGAACUCACUAUACUGCUGAGGCCUUCUUAAAAUGUCCAAAAUGUUAAAUAACUAUCUGAAAAUAGUUAUAUGACAAAACAGUUCUGUGAUAGGGUGAAUUGAAUGAACAAUGGGAAAUCUAGUUUUAACUAAACAAAGUCUCUCUUUUUUUAAUCAUAAUUCUUAAUAUUACUAAUGAACAAGUCAUAGCGACGUGGACACGUUCCGUCCUGGUGAGAACAAUUAGAAUAAGAUACAACAUUAUGAAUAUAUGUCUAUAUCAAGCACAAUUUAUCUUUAUGUAUAUUCUUGUCAAAGGUUGUGUAAAUACUAAAUAAAUCUCUAUAAAUAUC